AUGUUGCGAUGUCCUAAAGCUGGAGAUUUAUGUGAACGAGAAAUCGACGCCACUGAUCCGCUACGUCCGUCCACAAACGAACUCAGUGGUGCUAAGUUACUCCUACGGCGGGCUAUCAAAGAGGUAGUGAUUAGAAAGCUCAGAAGACAAGGACACAACAGUGAGCCACGGCUAGGCACAGCUACAUCGCAGCACACGUUUGUGAUAGAGCCUGAACGACGGAAGCCAUUAGUGCUGCCUGUUGGACUCACUGACGGUGCAAUUGAGUACAAAAGAUCUCAAGAAGAACUACGAAAAGCUAGAGAGGAGGAAGAGAAACAAUUACAACGAGAACGGGCAGAAAGUGAAGAAGCUAAAGCAAAAGAGCGAGAGAGGAAGGAGGUAACCAAUCACACAGAGGGUGGAGAGUUCAACAAAGCGAACCGAACUCCUACUCAGAAAAAAACGAAUUCCGCAUCCAGCAAUGUCAUCUCGUGCGUUAACUCGACUCCAACACCCACUGUUGACAAUUCAGUAUCUUAUCCUAUUGAAUUUGAAGAUGAGAGGUAA